AUGCCUGCGACUUCAAUUGAGGAUGAAGUCAAGCAUGAUAAUCCAUCGAGUGUCUCUCGAGAUGUUGCCACCGACUCUAGCGGAGACAAGAGCAGACCAGCGGCAUCACCGCCCUUCUUUAACGAGCAGACGAACUAUGUGCCAUUGAGCACUAUCAUCACGAUAUUCCUAGCAUGCUCGACAGUUGACCUAGUAGCGGUUAUGGACCAGACCACUCUAGCCGGGAGUUUAUCCAUAAUCGGCAAUACAUUGGACGCCAGCAAUAAAACCUCGUGGAUAUCAGGAGGAUAUUUCCUAACAUCAACCUGCUUCCAACUUCUAUACGGGCGACUCUCUGACAUCUGGUCCCGAAAAUACGUCCUAUACGUAGGCCUCGCCAUCAUGUUCUUCGGUUCUCUAGCAUCAUCUCUAGCACAGACCGCCACGCAACUUAUCAUCUUCCGCGCCUUCACCGGCAUGGGGGGCGGCGGAAUCACGUCCAUCGCACAGAUGAUAGUCAGUGAUGUGGUACCACUCCGCGAGCGAGGUAAAUAUCAAGGCAUCCUCGGCGCCGUAAUAGCCAUCGCCAACGGCAUCGGCCCUGUGAUUGGCGGUGCUCUAUCCCCGAUCUCCCACAACUCGUGGAGAUGGAUCUUCCGGCUUAUGCUGCCGCUCACGGCGAUUUCAAUUCUUGCGGUGAUGUUCUUCAUGCCGUUGCGGAAAGUCACCGGUGACUGGAAAGCGAAGCUGAAAGCCGUCGAUUUUUUCGGCGUGUUUCUAGCACUCGGAGGCACAGCGGUACUUAUGCUCGGAUUGACCUGGGGCGGUGGCGAGUAUGUCUGGAAAUCGGCACACAUUAUAGCGACGCUCGUCGUGGGGUUUGCUGUCUGUGUGGCGUUUGUCCUAUGGGAAUGGAAGGGGCAUCCGUAUCCGCUGAUACCUAUGCAUAUAUUCAAAUCGCGCAUUGUGAAUGGAGCCUGUCUGACUAUGUUCAUCAAUGGGUGGAAUAUCAUAGUCAUGCUGUAUUACAUCCCGACCUUCUAUCAACUUGUGUUCAAUUACUCCACUACCAAAGCUGGCGCAAUGGUUUUACCCAUCACAUUAUUGCAAACCCUAAGCAGCACCCUCUCUGGCCUAGUCGUCCACUGGGUGGGCCGAUAUCGCGAAUCCAUCCUCAUCGGCUGGAUGAUCUGGGCCAUCGGACUAGGCCUGAUGUCGACCCUAAACGAGACAUCCAACCUAGGGAAGCAGAUAGGUUACGGCCUACUGACAGGUAUAGGUUCAGGAAACACAUUACAGCCUGCCCUAAUCGCCGUGCAAGCCGGCGUCGCCAGACGAGACAUGGCCAUCGUAACCUCAUUCCGAAACUUCAUCCGCAACCUAGGCGGCACCCUCGGCCUCGCUGUAUCCGGCACAAUCAUAAACAACCUCCUCUCCACCACCAUCAACACCCUGCACCUAACCACAUCCCAGAAACAAUCCUUCCUCGCUAGCCCAUCCAAUUACCUAUCGAAACUCCCCGAAGACGAAGCAGCGACAGUUCGUGCGCUGCUUAUCCCCGCGUACAAAGACGGCUUCAGGAUCGUGUUCACGGUGAAUGCGGCGCUCGCGGCAUUGGCGUUUCUCUUGGCGGUUGGGUUGAUGCCGCAGGUGGGGUUGGAGAGGGCGGAUGAUGAGAGGUUGAAGGAGGAGGGGAGGAGAGACUAG